AUGAUCUGUAUUGACUGCCGCGUUGGUGGCGGGGCGGCCUGGUCCUGCGCGGUCUUUGAAGCCCAUUGCCGGCCGGACGGCUUGAUGCCCACACCUCCCGAGGACCCUGGGCCACCAACCGAGGAGGCCUCAAAGUCGGGCUCCUCAACCGGGCCUCUCGUCGAGCUGUCGACAGCCCUCCAACGGGUGCUGGAUUGCUCAUCGCGCUUGGCUGCCCUACGGCCAGGAUCCCCGGCGAUCCCCUGCUCUGGAGCCACGCCGCCGGCCUCCCUCUCAUGUGAGUCGAUUUUGCCCCCGGCCUCCGAGCAUUCAGACUUGUCACUGCGGCCCAUUGAAUUGAUCCCUGGCAUUCGGUGCCGCGUGGAGCCAUCCCCCAGCGAGCUGGGUGACACCUGGUAUGAUGCCGCACCCGGGGACGUCGGCAAUCGAGACGGCGCCGAUGGAGGUAGCCGUGGCAGCAGCAGCAGCAGCAGCAGCAGCAGCAGCAGCAGCAGCAGCAGCAACAGCAACAGCAACAGCAGCCAAAGCGUCGGCGGGACCCCGGCAACUGAAGCCCUGCCUGGUGUUGGAAGCCCGGAUCCGGGCUCUCAAGUCGGAACCGGUGCGGGGCUCGUUUCGCCAAGUCUAUCCCUGAGGUCCGUGGCCUCCCCCCAGCCGGUCGGGUCGCCAGCGACCGGGCCCUUCGCUCGGUUCUCCGAUGACCGGGUCAUUGUCGACGGAGAGUGUCCCGCGUCGCCCGGGGUUUCCACCCCCGGCUCGCCCUUUGUCGUGGUGUCUACCUCGCCUGGGGGCACGCCCGAUUCCCAGGAAGCCGACCGCCCGCCGCCCAUUUACAUCUAUCACGAGCGUCAAUCCCUGCAGAUGUGUGCGAAGCACACUAUCAACAACUUUCUUCAGCGCCGGGAACACAGUCGCCGCUCAUUGAAUGAACUCAGCGACGAGCUCGCAUCCAGCUUUGGAAGUCCGCUGCUCUCCUUCUUCGGAGGGAUAUUUAGCGGCCUGUCACAUCCCCACCGGGGGAUUCUUGGCAACUACGAUGCCAAUGUCAUCUCGGUGGCCCUCGCCCGGGCGGAUUUCAACGUCACCUGGUACCGGUCGCCGGAUCAGGGCCUAGGUGUAAACUCGACCGAUCUGCUGCCCUCUAGCUUCCCCUGCACUGAGUGCCCGCCGCCUCCGGCGCCCGGAUCCACCGACCAGGCGGACAUAUCGAAUGAUCCGCUGGCGCUAGCGGUGGCCGGCGGGGGGCGCCUCUGUGCACAUCGGACCCGAUCGACCUUCGGGCGGCAUGUGCACCUCCGGCGCUUGGCUGGCCUGGUGGUCAAUAUUCCCGCCUCCCUCACGCUGGCGCCCCUGGAGGGGCUCGCAUCCGGCCGCCGGCACUGGUUCGCCGUGCGGCGCAUCGCGGCCACUGGCUGCACGAUGCUCGCACGGCGACAAGCAGCCCUUACACGCCUGCAAGACGCGCUCCUGGGCGGUGCCACUGGAUCCGACCGCCCUCCGGAGGGUAACAUCACCCUUGCCGACUAUUGCUGCACAUCCUUCCCCAUGGAGGAAGGAGGCGUCCCGGCCGGCGGCUGCCCCUGCCGGAUUCCUGGUUGUGGGGACUUUUAUUGCAUCGACUCAAAGAUGAAUGUCCCCCGGCGUUUCGACUCGGCCGAGCAGAUGGCCCGGGCGGUCGAUAUCUGGCUCGAGCGGGGCGCACACAUCCUGCUCGUGACUCCAUGUGAUGAGUGUGGAUCACAUGUGUAUCGUUGAAUAGUUCUCUGGCGUUGUGAAAUCCCGGCAAAAAAUAACUCUGUC